AUGCAGAGUACUACUACUUCAACAGAUUCUCCCCCACCUUCACCAACUCCUCAACUUGAAAACCAUUCAGAGUCCAACCUGCAGACUUCAACAGCCUCUCCAACACCUGAUGUUGGCAAAACUAGUACAGAUAUAAUCAGAGAUGUAAUUUUAUGGAAGAGGAAGAGUUAUAGUGUUGUUGCACUAUUAGCAGCUACAGCGAUAUGGCUGGCACUUGAAGUCUAUGGAUUAACCUUUAUAACGCUGUUUUCAUGGAUCGCCAUGUUCGUGAUCGCUUUCACCUUUUUAUGGGGUAACAUACAUAUGCUCUUGGGAAAAGAUCCCCUAGACAUGUCAAGGAUGUACAUAAGCGAUGAAUCAGUUGUGGAAGCAGGAACCAAAUUUCGUGAAUCGGUUGAGAAUAGCCUGAGGUUUCUGUUUAGCGUGAGUACCAAGAGAGAGUGGUUCGUCUUUGCGGGGACUCUAGCUUCUUUGGAAUUGCUUUCGGUUGUGGCAAGUUACUUUGAUUUACUUACGCUUCUCUACAUUGGGAUUGUGGUGGGGCUGACUGUACCAGUUGUAUAUGUGAAAUAUGAAGACAGGAUUAAGGACUUGGGGCAGCGAGUAAGGGUCCGAUGCCACAUAUAUAACAGCGCGGUGACGGAGAGAUGUCACAUGUAUUACCGCACCAUUGCCGAGAGGGUGAAGAAAAUGAAGAGCAAGCUGCAGCAGAAGAAGAAAAAAAACGAGUAG